UUAAAAAAGAAAAACACCUUCUAUGAACUUGGUGCCAGACCCCUAUCUCAUGCACCAUUCCUGAAAUUCAACACCCAGGGCCUUGGAUUACCUGGAAUGUCACCCUUUAUCCUCAAUUUCUAAGUUUCAUUUCAGAUCAACUCAAAAGCUUCUGACGCCCUUCUUCUUUGAUCUAGUGACCUUCCACCUCCCUCAUAUCAUCCCAGAUUACAACUGGCCGGAACCUUAGGGUCUCCUGGCCCACGGAUUUUACAGAAAAGAACUGACAUUGUAUUUUACGAUUUGCAAAGUGCUCUUUGCAGGCCCAAAUCAAAUUCUUUGAACCUCAUAAACCUGUGAUAUAGGUGCUUGUCUUUUUUUUUUUAAGAAGUUAUUUUUCACUUUUCAAGUUUACAAGUAUUUCCUGCUCAUUAACCACAUUUAGUGCUAUUCUUAUCCAAAUAUUGCAAAUAAGUCAAAAUUUCAUUAUUGUCAUUUUUUAUGCUGUUAAGUUAAAAGCCCAAACUUUCCUACUUUGGGGACAGCUGAUUUCAAUCUAGGACACCGCGGGUUGGGAGCUGUAGCCCGGGGCCUCCACUUACGGGGCUGUCCGGACCUAGAGGCUAGGGCUAAGGUCCUAGCAGGUCUACAGGUUAAUAAUAAAUGCAGGACCUGGGCUGUCAGGAAGACUCAACUCCAAAAACUCUGCCCGCUGAUCAGAAGCGUCAGCUGGGACAACAUCCCCAACCCCUACCUCAAUUUCCUUAUUUACAAAACGGGAAAAUUAGCAUUUCCGAUUGUUAUGAGGAUCAAAUGAGAAAUGUUUAAAGUACUGUACAAAUACUAGCUAUUACUAUUUAAAAAAAAUUUUUAAUGUGAUUGGGGAUGACUGUUCCUUGAACCCUCGGCCAGAAUAGUCCCGAGGUCCGAAGAUGUGCCCUAUUACUAGCUAGAGCACGGCAUAUAGUCGGCGCCCAAAGCUCAUUGUAAUUAAGCAGGCCCGCAAGCCUCGGCCACCCCACAAGCAGCUGGCCAGGGAAAAAAACCUGGGCGUGGAGAGGUAAGCAAGCUAGUCUCCCCUAGAGCGGGGGCGGACCCCACCCAGCCCUGCAGCGCGCGACGCGGCGUGGGCUAGGGCCGAACAGUUUCCGUUGGGAUUGCAGGGUUCAGGAAACGACGUAAGGCGUCCCUUCCCGUCCAGCUAGGGGAGGUUGGGGGGAGGGGGGGGAAUGAAGCGACGCAGUAGAAACCCGCGCCGCAAAGAGGUCGAGAGGUUCCGACUACCCGAAGCACAGACCGCGGUACGGGGGCGGGGCCGACUCUCGCUUCAAGCACCCGACUUCGUAACGUCACCACGCAACCACGCGCUCCGAUCUUCACCUUCACUCUCUCGACUCGGUCGCGAAGCCUAGCCCUUUAAGGAAGGAGGAGGGCUAGAAGCCGAAGGCUUAACAAUUUGAUUGACAUGCCUUAAAGCCUAUCGGAUUCUUCGUAGGCAUCCAACCAGAUUUAAAUUCUCUUUUCAGACACCGGACGAAAUGAAGGAAGAGUGAAAGGGGUGGGUUGGGGUAAAUAAUUUCUCGCGAGAUAUUCUCCUAAUCCUCGUCUCUAAAAAGUGCUCGAACUGAUGGUCCCGCUUUCCAAUUAGAAGUCAAGGGGAGGGGUUACAGACCAAUGAAAAGGAUGAAGAGGUGGGCUCACUAUUCUCCCCGCGCGAGAUGAACCGUUACAGGACGGGCCUGUUAGCCAAUCAACCUCUCCAGAAUUAGGGUCAAAUGACUCUACAGUACAGCAGGGGCGGAACCACCGACUGGCGCGAGGAACCGUUAAUACGGACAACGGCAACAACCAAUGGGAUCCUCUCGCUAGGACGUCAGGACUCCAAUAAGAGAAGUUGGGCGGGAUUCUUCACUUUGCGCUGGGAGCUGGGAAGACGGACAGAGGGAGCUCCCAAUGACUUUGAGGAAGAGAGACGUUCACUGACCAAUGAGGGCGGUGGGGCGGGGUCCAUUGCCGCGGCGGUGUCCAAGAUGGCGGCGUGGGAUUCCGCUGUGUGAAACCAGCGCGGGCAGGCGAGCUACCCAGUUCCGAGGCGGCCCCGGACAGUCUUCAGCAAUGAAGGGGAAAGAGCGCUCUCCCGCUAAGGCUAAGCGCUCCCGCGGCGGCGGGGAGGAGUCAAGCACCCGUGGGGAGCGGAGCAAGAAGCUUGGCGGCUCUGGCGGCAGCAACGGCAGCAGUAGCGGUAAGGCGGACAGCGGUGGGACCCGCCGGAGCCUGCAUCUAGACAAGGGCAGCAGCCGGGGCGGCAGCCGCGAGUACGACGCUCCGGGCGGCAGCUCUAGCAGUCGCUUGCACAGCUAUAGCUCCCCAAGCACCAAGAACUCUUCGGGAGGGGGCGAGUCGCGCAGCAGCUCCCGCGGGGGCGGGGAGUCCCGCUCGGCCGGGGCGGCCCCCAGCUCUACAGGCGGCGAUGGCGGCGGGGGUGGUGGCGAGUACAAGACACUCAAGAUCAGCGAGCUCGGUUCCCAGCUGAGUGACGAGGCGGUGGAGGACGGGCUGUUCCACGAGUUCAAGCGCUUCGGAGACGUGAGCGUCAAGAUCAGCCGCCUUCCAGGGGGCUCGGGCGACGAGCGCGUGGCCUUCGUGAACUUCCGCAGGCCCGAGGAUGCCCGGGCUGCCAAGCAUGCCCGGGGUCGCCUGGUGCUCUACGACCGGCCGCUCAAGAUCGAGGCAGUCUACGUGAAUCGGCGCCGCAGCCGCUCCCCGCUGGACAAAGAGGCUUACGCGCCAGCCACUGUGGUGGGUGCGGCCGUGGGGCACCGGCACCCCCCGGGGGGCGGGCAGCGGGCGCUGUCCCCGGGCGGCGCGGCCUUGGGCUACCGAGAUUACCGGCUGCAGCAGCUGGCCCUGGGCCGCCUGCCCCCGCCGCCUCCACCCCCCCUGCCCCGGGAGCUGGAGCGGGACCGAGACUACCCCUUCUAUGAGCGGGUGCGCCCAGCCUAUAGCCUGGAGCCCCGUGUGGGCGCUGGCGCCGCCCCUUUCCGAGAAGUGGAUGAGCUGUCCCCCGAGGAUGGGCAGCGUGCCAACCGCACCCUCUUCCUGGGCAACCUGGACAUCACGGUCACUGAGAGCGACCUCCGCAGGGCCUUUGACCGCUUUGGGGUCAUCACCGAGGUGGACAUCAAGCGGCCCACGCGGGGCCAGACCAGCACCUACGGCUUUCUCAAGUUCGAGAACCUGGACAUGUCCCACCGGGCCAAGCUAGCCAUGUCCGGCAAGGUCAUCAUCCGCAACCCCAUCAAGAUCGGCUACGGCAAGGCCACGCCUACCACACGCCUUUGGGUGGGUGGCCUGGGCCCCUGGGUGCCGCUGGCAGCCCUGGCCCGCGAGUUUGAUCGCUUUGGCACCAUCCGCACAAUCGACUACCGCAAGGGCGAUAGCUGGGCCUAUAUCCAGUACGAGAGCCUGGAUGCGGCUCACGCAGCCUGGACCCAUAUGCGGGGCUUCCCGCUGGGGGGGCCCGACCGCCGGUUGCGGGUGGACUUUGCAGACACAGAACACCGCUACCAGCAGCAGUACCUGCAGCCCUUGCCGCUCACCCACUAUGAGCUAGUAGCAGAUGCCUUCGGGCACCGGGCCCCUGACCCCCUGCGGGGGGCCCGUGACCGCACCCCACCUCUGCUGUACCGGGACCGGGACCGGGACCUCUACCCAGACACAGACUGGGUGCCACCCCCACCCCCAGUCCGGGAACGCAGCACUCGUGCAGCUGCGGCCUCGGUGCCCGCCUAUGAGCCCCUUGACAGCCUAGAGCGCCGGCGGGAUGGCUGGUCCCUGGAGCGUGACCGUGGGGAGAGAGACUUGCCCAGCAGCCGGGACCCGCCACGCAAGAGGAGGCUACCCGAGGACGGUGGGGGCCGGCACGUGGACAGGUCCCCUGAGAGCGAGCGCUCCCGGAAGAGACACUGCCCCCCCACUCCCGACCGUAGCCCGGAUCUGGGCAGCAGCCGAGACCGCUACAACAGCGAGCCUGACCGGUCUUCGCGCCUGCUGCUGCUCGAGCGGCCCUCCCCCGUGCGUGCUGACCGCAGGGGCAGCUUGGAGCGAGGGCAGGGAGACAAGAGGGACCGCAAAAACUCAGCCUCGGUGGAGCGGGACAGAAAGCACCGGGCGCCUGCGCCCACGGAAGGCAAGAGCCCCCUGAAGAAGGAGGAGCGGACAGAGGCCUCAGCGCCCAGCACCAGCAGCACGACAACCAAGCUGAAAUCUCCUCCGCAGAAGACCGAGCCUCCCCCGGCUGCUGCGCCAGCGGCUGCCCCCAAGCUUUGCCUGGCUUGGCAGGGCAUGCUUCUGCUCAAGAACAGCAACUUUCCCUCCAACAUGCACCUGCUGCAGGGCGAUCUCCACGUGGCCAGCAGCCUGCUGGUGGAGGGCUCCACCGGGGGCAAGGUGGCUCAGCUCAAGAUCACCCAGCGUCUGCGUCUGGACCAGCCCAAAUUGGACGAAGUGACCCGGCGUAUCAAGGUGGCCGGGCCCAACGGUUACGCCAUUCUGCUCGCUGUGCCUGGCAACUCGGACAGCCGCUCCUCAGCCGUGUCUGAGGCUACCACCUCGACUCAGAGGCCGCUCAGGAACCUGGUGUCCUACCUUAAGCAAAAGCAGGCCGCUGGGGUCAUCAGCCUCCCUGUGGGGGGCAACAAAGACAAGGAGAACACCGGGGUCCUCCAUGCCUUCCCACCCUGUGAGUUCUCCCAGCAGUUUCUGGAUUCUCCUGCCAAGGCACUGGCCAAAUCUGAAGAAGAUUACCUGGUCAUGGUCAUUGUCCGUGCUGGUGGACAGCGGAUGAAGAUUUGGAAUUCUAAGCUCUAAUGGACCUUUUUGAAGAGAAGUUGAGGCUUAUGUGGAAUUUACAUGGGCCUCUUGAUUGGAAGAAAGCUUAUCUGUUUAGUAUUUGUGCAUUUUACUAAAAUGGCAGCUUUAAAAAGUUGUGUAUCUGCUAUUGUGAUGCCAAUGCCCGUGUUUUAAGUGGAAAAAAAUGACCUCUUUGCUUUGUGCUGUGUACACAAGAUUUCUGGAAAAGUAAAGGAAAAACCCUUUUUAUGGCUCACACAGCUUAAAAGUAGCUGUCACUCAAACGUGCGCUCACAGUUGAGCUGAUUUUGUUUCAUUCUAAAUAAAUUGUUUCUUUUGAGGAAAA